AUGGUGGGAGCUUCUUUCAAGAGUGGAGAUGAACUUCACGAAGCUCAAGCAAAAGAAAUUGAAAAGGCUUUAUGUAAAGGUGAACUUGAAACUAGUAAGGGCUUGAAUCAAGAAUUAGGUCUUGCUAGAGCACGUGAUACUAGAUGGGGAUCUUAUUACAAAUAUUUUAAUAAUUUUAUCUUCAUGUUUGGUCCUAUUAUUGAUGUACUUGAUGCUAUUGCUGUUAAUACUCGUUUUGAAGAGAAAUGUAGGGAAAAAGGAUAUCUUAUAACAUGUUUAACAUUUGAUGUUGUCUUCAUGUUGCAUUUCAGGCGCAUUGUUUUAGCAAUUACAAAUGAUCUAAAUGCUGCUUUUCAAAAGAAAGAGCAAGACAUUGCAAAUGCCAUGUCACUCGUUGGAGUAGCAAAGAAUCGAUUAUCAUGUCGUAGAAUUGCUGAGUAUACUAUUUUACAUCACUAUCGAGUUGAAGUAUUUUAUAAGAUUAUUGAUUGGCAACGUCAAGAACUCAAUAAUCGCUUUGAUGAGGUGACACCUGAUUUGCUUCUGGAAAUUGCUUGCUUGAACCUAGUUAAUUCUUUUUCUAACUUUGAUAUGGAAAAUAUAUUGAGAUUGGCUGAGUUAUACCCUGAUGAUUUUGAUAAAUACUCUAUAGUUGAUCUUCGCUUUCAGCUUGAAAAUUACAUUGUUGAUGUUAGAGAUCAUGAUAAAAGGUUCUUCAGUCUCAAGGGACUUUUUAAUCUUUCCAAGAUACUCGUAGAGACGAAGAAGCACAUAACUUAUCCUCUUGUGUUUCGACUAGUUAAAUUUGCUUUACUUUUGCCGGUGCUACUGCUAUAG